AUGGGGAUCUCUCAUCAGACCAAAACACCCUCAUCAAGGAGGCCUGGAAGCUGCAAAACCACAACCCACACACCUCGGCGCGGUCAUGUGGCACAGAAUCGCACCACGCCCGUGCGGACAGUGCACUUCCGACCACUGCCCUUGCGAAAUACGCCCUCACGCAAACAGCACGCUCAGACCGCGCAGACACACAGGGUGCACAGACAUCUAACGCAGACGCACAGGGCGAGCUCACAGUCUGCCCACUGCUGCCUGACGCGGCCCUAUGAGCAGUACACAGCACACAGCGAUCACUCAGGCUGCACCUUCUACUGCUAUUUCUGCUACUGCUGUUACUGCUGCUGCCUCACGUUGCUCUCUUUCUCUCUCCUCCUCCUCCUGUCUCCACCUCCCAAUGCUCCUCCCUCUGCCUCCUUCUCCACUUUAUCUUCAAACACCACUCUUCCUCCAUCCUCCUCCUCACAAUCAUCAACUUCCUGUUUGGAUGAACUUUCCUGUAUCCUCCGUGACGUCAAUCUGACUUCUUCUGCUGUGUCUCCCUACUGUCCUGUGCCACCUUGCCUCAUCGCUGAUGAUUCUUUCCCUCUCUUCUACUUCUCAUCUCCUGACUUCACCACUUCUGACCAACUCCCCUCUUGCCACGGCUCCUCUCCUACAUGUGCUUCUUCUUCUUCCUCUUCCGUGCCCUCUGACUCUUUCCUCCCUCCUCAUUACCCUGUCCUUUGCCGGCCGUGGCCUUCUUCGCGCUCUCUUUCCUCCCUGCUCCUCUGCCCUCCCAGCUUUGGGGAUCCAGUCUUAUCCUAUGCAUCCACUUUGGAGCACAUACCCUCUGGGCCGGCCCGGCCUCGGACGCUGCUGCGCCAGCAGAGUCUUCAGCAGCCUCUCAUCCACCCAACAGGCCCUGGUCUCGGCCACCCCCCCACCACAUCCCAGAGUUUAGGACAAUUACAUACUGCACCUGGACAGCCUGGGGGAGGCGGGGCUGCUGGGAGAGGAGAGGGAGGUGGAAGCAGUGGUGAGGGUGGGGGUACAGGUACACGAGGCGGUCCCAGGGGUGCACGGGGCAGCCCAGCAGGAGCAGGUGCCUCUCGCUAUAGGGGAGGUGGAACAGGAGGGCGUUCACGUGCCAAUCCUGGCAGCUGGGAUUACAUGAUGGACCAGAUCCGGAAUCGUGGCCUGGACGUCAAGUCCUUCCUUGAAGGGAAGAUGGUGGUCCUGGCUUUGGCCAUUGGUGUGGCAGAGCAAGAUGACUUUGCCAAUAUCCCUGACCUGCAGGAAACAGCUCAGGCAGCACCACCAGCCAAUCAGGAGCCCCCUCCUGAGAAGAGGGGCAACAAGCCAGCUAACAGCCCCAAGGGCCAGCCCCCUGAUGCUGAUGGCCACUCCUCCGUAACUGACCUGGCCAACUCUCUCACUGGAGACAUGGUGAUGCUGUCUCCAGGUUCGGAGGAUGAUGACGGUGAAGGGCCUAUCAGUGAGAAGCUGGGCCGGAUCCAGUUCAGCAUAGGCUAUAGCUUCCAGAACACAACCCUCACCGUCAAAGUACUCAGGGGCCAGGAGCUCCCGGCCAAGGACUUCUCCGGCACAUCCGACCCCUUCGUCAAAAUCUACCUGCUGCCUGACAAGAAGCACAAGCUGGAGACCAAGAUCAAGAGGAAGAACCUCAACCCCCACUGGAACGAAACCUUUCUGUUUGAGGGCUUCCCUUAUGAGAAGGUGAGAGAGCGCACUCUAUACCUUCAGGUGUUGGACUACGACCGCUUCAGCAGGAAUGACCCUAUUGGAGAGGUGUCAAUUCCCCUUAACAAGGUGGAACUGGGCCAGAUAAAGACCUUCUGGAAGGAGCUCAAGCCCUGCAGUGAUGGCAGUGGGAGACGAGGAGACCUGCUGUUGUCUCUCUGCUAUAAUCCCACUGCCAACACCAUCACUGUGAACAUCAUCAAAGCACGCAAUCUCAAAGCCAUGGAUAUCGGGGGCACCUCAGAUCCAUAUGUGAAGGUGUGGUUGAUGCACAAGGACAAGCGUGUAGAGAAGAAAAAGACAGUGACGAUGAAGCGCUGUCUGAACCCCGUCUUCAACGAGUCCUUCCCCUUCGACGUGCCCGCCCAUGUGCUGAGAGAGACCACCAUCAUCAUCACUGUCAUGGACAAGGACAGGCUCAGCCGCAACGAUGUUAUCGGCAAGAUCUACCUAUCGUGGAAGAGUGGACCAGGGGAGGUGAAGCACUGGAAAGACAUGCUCGCUCGGCCACGUACUAACGUCGCCCAGUGGCACGCUCUCAAGGCCUGAUCGCACCGCCCAGCUUCCUCCAUGGCCCCUUUCCAGUCUCCUAUGCCCCCUCCUCACUCCCCUCUUCCCACCCCCGUCCUUAUGCACAAGACUGACUUGCUGCCAGGCUGCGAAACACGGGUACAAUUAGCCAUCUGCUCUCUUAAACCUUUAAACUCUUUUCUUUAAAAAUC